UCAGCUUCAGGAAGGAGUUUAUUCGGGACUUUCGCUUUCGUGUGUUUUUGUUCCUAAGUAAAGUGCGAGUCACUGAGUGGUGGUAUCGGAGGGCUGACGGAAUUCGACACGGCUUGGUUUAACUUAAGAAACCCAAGUCAACGGUAGAGUGUAGGUUGGAAGCAUACACCGAACGGGAUGGGUCCAGGUUAAAAAGCAAGCGGAGACCCCGGCAAAGGGUGACUCCCUUCUAGAGAGGGAAAUGUGAGACAGGCCCUGCAGCUCGUUUUGACCUGAGGAGACAACUGGCAACUUGCAGACCAAAAGUCAAGAAGAAACGACCGUGGCGCGAUUGAAACACUACCAUUUAUUCCUCUUGGAAGAGUUUUGGUGUUCCAAGUCGCCAAAAUAGCUGGGCCCAAUAGAAAGCGGCGAACCCUUGAGCCCAACUCCAUCAGUGAACCCAACGGGCAGCCUGUGACCACAAAGCGGCUCAAGAUGUCCAGCAGUACCAACACAGGUGGUCGCAGGAGACCAGUGUCCUGCAAACUGGAGGACAACUCCAACAAAAAGAAACAGAAGGAUAAGGCAAACCAGGAAAGCAAAGAGGCAAAGCAAGAAACAAACAGAGAUCCAAAGAAAGACCCUUUUAUUGGCUGGAAACAAAAUGCAAGUGAGAUUAUUGUGAAAUUACGACCAGGACAAAGGUGUAUCAAACCGGAGGAUGUUAAUACAACAUUUACAGACCAAACCUGCCUGGUCAAGUUUGCAGAUGGUUGCCAGUGGAGCUGCCACCUAAAUGAAGACAUUGAGAGUUCAUGCAGCAAGGUUCAAUAUAAAGAGAAAGGGAAUAUUCUACAAUUGGUGAUGCAAAAGAAGAUCCCCUUUCACACUUGGCCUUUUUUGACGAAAAAGAGUAAAGAAAGUGAUCCAGUCUUAUUAUGCUCAGAUGAAGCAGUCAGUGUUUCCAAGCUUGAACAUUUGUUAUCAGAAGAGAAUUCUGCUGAACAGCCUGAAAUGGAAUCAAAAAAGGGCAAGCUAGACCGGGGAAGUAAACGUGCAAUAAAGCAAAAACCAACUUGCAAAAGUGAAACUGGGUCAAAAGUCUUAACAUUAAAGACACCUGGAAGUACAGAGUUACAAGGUGAGCCUAGUGGUAAACAUGUGAUUUGGCCAAAGGAUCAGGACUGUAAUUCCCGGAGAGACCCUUUGACUGAAAAUGUAGAGAGUACUAAAACUGAAGACAUUUCAGAGGCACUGAACCAAAGUGGAAAGACUAAAGUCAAGAUCGAAAGUACUGAAAACUCUGAGGCCAAGCAGGAGAAGGAUACCAGUAAAAGUACAACCACAGUAAAGCAUAAGACAGAAUUGAUCAGUGAGGUAAAAGAAUGUCCAGUACCUUCCAGUCAUGGUGCAAGUCUUCAAGGUGCAUCUUCAGAUGUGAGUCCCCCUCCCAGAUCUGAUGUCUUUACAACUCGGGACACCAACCUGCCUCUUCCAGUUGAUAUAGAUAUGGUUGCCUUCAAUGGUGUGAGAAGGGAAGUAGUUAAAGAUUUGAACUUCAAGAACAGUUGUUUGGAAGAGGAAUGUAUUAAAAAUGCAAAUUUAGUAGCAAAAGACACUCCUCCAAAUGUGCUGUCGAAAGACCUACUUGCCCACCUUGAAAAUGAACCUGAAAAAGGAGAUAAGGCAAAGGAGGACAAAAUGAAUGACUUGUCUGAAGUAGUUUCUUCUUCCUGUCAAACAUUGGCUCUAGAACCAAUGGUAAACUUGACUUUUGUGAAGAAUGAUUUUUACGAAAAGGGAAAUGAUGUUAUGGUGGUAAGCAUAUACUUAAAAGAAAUAUGCAGGGAAACGGCGGAAGUCUUCUUCAGAGAGCAGGAUUUCACUCUGAUUUUUCAGACCAGUGAUCCAAAUUUUUUACGCUUGCAUCUGGAUUGUGGACCAGAUACCAAGUUUAAAUGGCAGGUAAAGUUAAGGAAUCUUAUUAAUCCAGAUAAAUGUACUCAUUUCUUCACUCCAUCUCGACUUGAUAUCUUUUUAAAGAAGCGACAUAGCCAGAGGUGGGGAGGUCUGGAGGCACCAACUGGACAAGGUGCAGUGGGUGGUGCAAAAGUUGCUGUGCCUACUGGGCCAGCUUCACUUGAAAAAAACUCACCAGGAAGUAGUCAGCACACCUUGCCUAGCAAAGAGGAACCAAGAGCUGCUGAGAAAGAGAAGACUCGCACAGAAGAAGGUAGUCUUGAUUGUGUAAGUGCUAGGACUUUAACAGAACAUGUUCCUCUGAAACAGGAGCCUGCGCAUGUAACAUCGCAGCUUAAACCGACAUGCAUGGUACAACCCAUGACUCAUGCUCCAGCAAAUAAUGAUUGUAUGGAUGAUGAAGAAGAAAAGAAAGUGUGCCUUCCAGGGUUCACUGGACUGGUGAAUCUGGGAAACACAUGCUUUAUGAACAGUGUUAUUCAGUCCCUGUCAAACACAAGAGAACUACGAGAUUACUUCCAUGAUCGAGCAUUUGAGUCUGAAAUUAACUGCAGUAACCCCCUGGGAACUGGUGGCCGGCUGGCUAUUGGGUUUGCAGUUCUGCUGCGUGCUCUGUGGAAAGGAACACAUCAUGCAUUCCAGCCAUCUAAACUCAAAGCUAUAGUGGCAAGCAAGGCCAGUCAGUUCACGGGAUAUGCACAGCAUGAUGCCCAGGAGUUCAUGGCUUUUUUGUUAGACGGUCUUCACGAGGACCUAAACAGAAUACAGAGCAAACCAUACACAGAAAUGGUGGAUUCUGAUGGGAGACCUGAUGAGGUAGUGGCAGAAGAAGCUUGGAGGAGGCACAAGAUGAGAAAUGAUUCCUUCAUUGUGGACCUGUUUCAAGGUCAAUACAAAUCUAAACUAGUUUGUCCUAUCUGUGCAAAGGUGUCUAUAACUUUUGACCCAUUCCUUUAUCUGCCUGUUCCUUUGCCUCAGAAACAGAAGGUGCUCACUGUAUUCGUUUUUUGGAAGGACCCACACAAGAAGCCUGUUAAGUUUCUUGUGAGUGUCAGCAAAGAAAACUCUUGUACAACUGAUAUUCUUGAGUCCAUCUCCAGAAGUGUAAAGGUUAAACCUGAAAACCUGAGACUGACAGAGGUUAGUGAAAGUCGAUUUCACCGUAUAUUCCUUCCAUCAAACUCUCUGGAUGCUGUCUCCCCUACGGACACUCUGUUCUGUUUUGAGGUGCAGUCCAAGGAGCUUGCCAAAGAAAAAGUAGUUAUCCUUCAAGUGCAGCAGAGAACUCAAGUUCCGAAUUGUCCCAUCAAUAAGUGUGCAGCUUGUCAGAAGAUUCCACAUUCUGAAGAUGAGAAGAUUAAGAGGUGCACUCGUUGCUACCGAGUUGGUUACUGCAACCAGAAUUGUCAGAAGAAUCAUUGGCAGGAUCACAAAAAUCAUUGUAGACCAAACACUGAAAGUAUUGGAUACCCAUUCCUAAUCAGUGUCCCAGAAUCUCGACUUACUUAUUCCCGACUUGCGCAACUGCUAGAAGGAUACUCCAGAUACUCUGUAAAUGUGUUUCAACCCCCUUUCCAGUCUGGCAGAAUGUCCCCUGAGAUAAGCCAGUGUAGAAUGGAGCAGCCACGGUUACAUGCAGUGGUUUCAGAAAGCCAUAAUAAGGAAAGCUACUUGCCAACAGAUGAGAUUAAUGAAAGAGGAAAAUUUAAUUACGUAGAUUCCAAUAUUGAUAAUAUGGCUGCAGGAGAUUGUAAGAAGAAUGCCAUUUCUGUUUCUACUCUCACUUUGGAUUCGGGCUACACUGAUUCUGUUUCAGAAUUGCAGGACCACUUGGAGCAUGAAAAAGAAAUUACUUGUGAGAAAACUUUAAAACCAGAAGCUGUAGUCACAGGUUAUCAGCAACCCACAGAUACUGGUGCUAAUGGUGCAUCACAAUUCUACAUUUCUCUAAUUGAUGCAUCAAAUAAAGAACAAAAGCUUGAGGACAAAGGAGACAAAGCCUUAGACAUUCCUGAAGGCUCUUCUGUUAUCUUGGUGUGGAAGAACAACGAGCGUCAAAAGGAAUAUGUCUUGGUCAAACCUAAGGAGCUGGAGUAUAUAGAAGAUCUAGGUUCAGCCAGUGAGAAUGCCCGGGCAGGUCACUUCACUCUUGAACAAUGUCUCAAGCUGUUUACAAAACCAGAGGUGCUGGCACCUGAAGAAGCUUGGUAUUGUCCCAAGUGUAAACAGCACAGAGAAGCAUCAAAACAGCUGAUGUUAUGGAGACUCCCCAAUGUCUUAAUAAUCCAACUUAAGCGUUUCUCCUUCCGCAAUUUCAUUUGGCGGGACAAAAUUAAUGAUAUGGUUGAUUUUCCAGUCAGAAAUCUGGAUCUGAGUAAAUUCUGCAUUGGCCAAAAAGAUGACUCUCAGCCUCCCAUUUAUGAUUUAUAUGCAGUGAUCAAUCAUUAUGGUGGUAUGAUUGGAGGACAUUACACUGCAUAUGCUCGCCUUCCCAGUGACAAAAACAGUCAGCGCAGUGAUGUUGGAUGGCGUCUCUUCGAUGACAGCACUGUCACUACAGUGGAGGAAAGCCAGGUAGUGACACGUUAUGCUUAUGUGCUUUUUUACCGUCGACGUAACUCUCCUGUGGAGAGACCUAUUCGGCGACACAGCCCUCAUGGCACUGAUUCACCAGCAAUGGCAGCUGGAGCUGCAGCUAAUCAGGCAUCAAGUGAGGCCUUGUUUGGCCCAGAGCUGGAUACAGAAGGACCUCCACAGCUUACUCCAGAAGUGACAUCGGAUCUGUUUUCACACUCUGCAGAUUGUGCCACCUCAUCUUACAGCAACAUGGAGGAAGUGGAUUAGAGGGUAUAUUGGUGCUUUGGUGUGGGGGGAGAGAGUGUCAAAUUUCCAGAGAAAAAUUAAACAAUCCUUGAAUUUGCUCUGGAUUCCCAAGGAAAAUAAGUACUGUAUCCUGUGCAAGAAAACACAAUUUUGGACUUGUAUGUACUCCUAGAGCAAAAAGAAAAAAACUUGUGAAAGCUCCUGUAUUGACAGAUGUGUAUAUAAAGAUUUCCCAGUGGAUAACUACUUUUGUUAUACAAGUGAUUUGAGCUUGCUAGCAGUUUAUCCACCACUGAUUGAAGAUAAUCGUUUGUGGACACCAAAGGACUACUAUGGGAAUGCACAGUUUCUUUGCAGUGUGACAUUUGUUGAUUUAUUUAAUCCUCCCUUAUUUGUUUGCUAAUAAUGGCUACAUUUUUACUAUUGUAGUUUCUGAACAUGUUCAUAUUCAACAGGCAUUUGGACUUAGGUGGAGUUUAAAAAAAAUGGUUGUCAGUGUUUGAUUCUAAAAAAUUUGAACUCUUUGGUUUUUGGCCCAUCACAGUAAUGCAUAAUAGAAAUGGGUUUAACUCUUUGAACACACUAGACCGUACCAAGUUAUGUCUUGUGUAACCCUAUAAAAGGAUAGAAAUGCAAUUUCUUAAAUAACUUGCAAAGCAGCUCCUAUUAACAGGCAUUUAUGCAGCUCUUUAACAACUUUACCAAACUUUUAGUUUAAACUACCUUAAUAUAAUUUGCACAAUAAGUUAUGUCUUGUUUAAGAUAUUAUUGGCUUGCAAUAGCUCUAUUUCACUGAACCUUGCUGGAAGGUGAUUUGGGAUCUGGUGCAUUAUUUUCCCUUUGAGUUUAUAGUCAACUUGUUUCACUUCAUCAACAUGCUUUUGCACACCCCAUUUCUGUAACAUGCAUCUCAGAUUUUGUUUUAUUUAUUUCUUUGUUUUUUCCCUUAUGUGUGAGUGGCCGAUUUUGGUAUUUUGUUUCUUUUUUUUCUUUGUGCCUGCCUCAUUUUGAAGUUUAAGAAUAAUUGAAUGCUGCUGAUUAUUAAACAUUCUUUAAAUUA